ACAUAGACAUUUGGGUGACGUGUGAACCGCACACACAACAGAGAACGCAGACAGUUCCAACACCAUCGGAACAAUUGUUACUGAUCCUCCCUCCCGGUUCUACUAGAACAUUCCAAUUCAAUUCUCUUAAAUAAGGGUUUAUCUAAGGUUUAAUUAUUCAUCCCCCCCAAAAAAAAAUCCCAAUUUCUCAAUCAAACAAAAUUAUCACACGAUUUAUUAUUCAAUUGGAUUACACAAAUGGUUCGCUCUAGUGGCAUCACUCUCUUUACCCAUUUUGCUCGUCGAUCUCUCUUUCACGCCAACGAUUCCGUGUAUCAAGUAGUGUUCCAAAGGGGUUAUAGGAUAUUGAAUUCAGGAUCACGCAAUUCAUCUAGAAUUAUUGGUAGUUAUGCACCAAAUGGUAGAGAUGGUGUUAAUUUGAAGAACUGGUUGCUAUUGGGAGCGGCUAAUUCAUAUUUGGGGGCUGCUAGGUCAAUUCAUGGCUCGGCAUCAUUGGCAAGGGACUAUUAUGACGUUCUUGGUGUGAGUAAGGAUGCAAGCUCUUCUGAAAUAAAGAAAGCUUACUAUGGGCUUGCAAAGAAGCUCCAUCCAGACACAAAUAAAGAUGACCCUGAGGCUGAAAAGAAGUUUCAAGAAGUUACAAUUGCAUAUGAGGUUUUGAAAGAUGGGGAAAAACGUCAACAGUAUGAUCAGGUUGGACAUGAUGCCUUUGUAAACCAACAAAGCACUGGUUUUGGAGGCGAGGGUGGCUUUAAUCCUUUCGAGCAGGCAUUCCGUGGUGGUCAUGAUUUUUUCAAGAGCUUUUUCCAUCAGAAUGUUGGCGGAGAGGAUGUCAAGACUAUAAUUGAACUAUCUUUUACCGAAGCUAUCCAAGGGUGCACCAAAACCUUGGAAUUUCAAACAGAUCUGCUGUGUAAUACUUGUGGUGGGAGUGGUGUUCCUCCUGGUACAAGACCUGAAACUUGUAAGCAAUGUAAAGGGUCAGGAGUGAUAUUUGUACAAACCGGAAUAUUCAGAAUGGAGAGUACUUGUGCAACCUGCAGGGGAACUGGAAAAAUUGUAUCGAAUUUCUGCAGGUCUUGCAAGGGUGCAAAAGUUGUCAAAGGAACAAAGACAGUCAAGUUGGAUAUUUUUCGUGGGAUAGACAACAAUGAGACCCUAAAGGUGUAUGGAGGUGGUGCAGCAGAUCCCGAUGGACAUCAUUCUGGUGAUUUAUAUGUUACUAUCAAGGUUAGGGAAGAUCCUGUUUUUCGCAGAGAAGGACUUGAUGUUCACGUGGAUGCUGUUGUAAGUUUCACUCAGGCAAUUUUGGGGGCAAUUAUUGAAGUCCCAACUUUCACUGGACAUGUAUCACUUAGGGUUCCCCCAGGCACCAAACCUGGUGCGAAGGUGGUGUUGAAAAGGAAAGGUGUAGUGAGAGGGAUCAGUUCAAAAGAUACUCACAACUUAAAAUAUGGGGACCAAUAUGUUCAUUUUAAUGUCAGCAUUCCAACAAACCUGACAGAGAGACAACAUAAAUUGAUCGAAGAGUUUGCCAAGGAAGAGCAAGAGGAAUUUGAUAAACGGAGAGCUGCAUCGUCUUCUAAUUAGAAACAUUUGCAGGGCCUCCACUUUUCACUAUUUAUUUAGUACUACCAAGUCAUGCUCAGCUAGGUGGAAGCCAACUUGCUGUUGAAGUUUUGUAGGCUCAUUAAUUAAGGGGAUUUUUGUUUGACUCCUUCCACUUAGAGAGUAUUUAUUUUUUUGUCACAAGUGAUGCUCACAAUUCAAAUUAUAAAAGUUAGAACAAAGAAAUCAAUAUUCUCAUAUGCUUGUGCAUUUGUAGAGUUCUAGUUAAUGGUGUACAUAUUUUAAUUUCAACAGAAAUUGAGCAAGUCUCAAAUUUCUAAUUCUUUUUGUUCUUUCAUUUAUAUAUACAAGGCAAUCUCAUCUGUGUCCUAUAGGUAAAACUAGGAGUAGAAGGUUUGUGUCAAGAUUGAAGGAUUGCUAUAAAAAUAAAUUCAUAAAUACACUGUAAUAUACCUCAUAUCUUUUGUGUUGUCA